AUGGAGAAGCGGGUAUUCUGCGAACUGAACGGCAACCGCAAAGUCAUUGGCAUCCUACGAGGCUACGAUGUUUUUAUGAACAUUGUGCUGGACGACGCGGUUGAGGAGAAACAAGGCGGAGAGAAGGUCGCUAUCGGCAUGGUUGUAAGUGCUGCUGAGCUGGGAACCCCCAUACUUUAUCCAUUGGUUAUUCACCCUUUUGCGCUGCGUGCCACUAACCAGCUGCUCUUCGCUCAUCUCCAGGUCAUCCGCGGUAACUCAGUCGUCAUGCUUGAGGCUCUCGAGCGGAUAAGCGACAAAUAG